AUGUUUGAAGCCUACGUGGCGUCGCUGCACUGGAGCUUGACGCAAUUCACACCCUCCACCAACAAUGUGGCGCCCACCAACUCCUUGGAAAGGCUUUUUGCAAUCUUCGUCAUUCUGCUCGCCAUGGGUUGUUUCUCCUCCUUCGUGGGCUCCAUCACGGCGACGGUGAAUGCCUUGCGAAGCAUCCAAGCCACCAAGACGAAGCAGCACAGCGAAGUGCCACCUGCGAUACAGUUGGCUUCUUCUCUUUUGGGGUAUAGGGGCCCACGUGAACCAAAAUCCGCGGAGCGUGAUCCGCCGCAGUACGUGAUCCGCACGGAGAAACUCAUGGAUGACCCUCUCAUGGAAAACGAGGUCACGAUGCUGAAGUUCCUGCCCAAACGCUUCAGGAUGGGACGCGCGGACCGGUUGGAAGUGUCACGGCUUGAUGUCGGGUGUGGAAACGACGUGGAUGACGAAGGUGUCUCAGGACCAGGCACUUGGUUUCGUCGAUACCGCGCAGCCGCAGCGAGCACCGAAUGCCAUGCCGCCUACCUCAUGCAGCCAGGCUUGAUCCCGAUCCAGGAGGUUUGUGUGUACAUCGGAACCCUCACAGAAGCCCUGGAUCCCGCAAUGGAUUCAUGGACUGCUGCAAAUGCUGCAAUGAUGUAUACAUCUUCGGCACGCGAGAAAUUCACAGCUGUAUGGGCACCGGUUCCUGUGGUAGGCCAUGUCGUUGGACAGUUCGCUCGGCUUGUCAUUUUUGCUGAGUUUGUGCAUCACCAAUCUUUCUCAAUUUCAUGACUUCUGCGACAAGGCCUGUCAGCCAAAUGACGGAGUGGAAGCGUGGAGUGGACCAUGUUCAGACUUGUAACAGGCAGCGGAACUCAGAUAGAAGGCUUGGAUUUGUGUGAGCCCUCUUUCGGGCGUCUCAUGGAUUUGCUGAUCAGGUGAGUUCGAUUGGACGUCUAUCCGAGAGUCUAUCAUUUUUCCAGGAAGUUUGUGGUUGUAGCGAUAGUUGUACGUAAUGAUUGGUGUGUGCGCUUGUGCUUUCAGGAAACACCCCACUCUUGUCGCAUAUGCCUAUUGAUAUUAUAGUAUGUUGUACCAAAUUUCAGUUUGCUUGACUUACUGUAUGUUGGCUCACGACCUCUUCCUGGACCUUUUGCGAGUUGAGACCGCCUUAUCCUUGAAGAUGUGGCCCGUGGCCGAUCAGAAUUCUUCAUUCCGCGACUCAAGCUUGACUUGAACAAUUCUUGUUCUGUCCACCAUCAGCAGCAUCAGCACAAAGGAAGCCUUUCCGUGGGAAGCUGACCUAGAUUGACCUAGCAUGUUAGAUAUCCGAUAGCCAUUCCCAGCAGGAGUGAGCGUCUUUAGGAACCAAAGCAUUUUAGGCUCCAGCGCUGUGGCGUUCGUCAAUGACCCAGGGUUCCACGAACAUUGGACCAUUUGCAGCUUUGUGACGUUUUCUCGGCUUGUCCCGUUUUCUCGGCUCGGUUGGAAUAGAUUGCGCCAGUAGCGCAAGUAAAAGACUUGGAUACACCCUGGAAGACUAACAUGGACCCUGAAAACCACUGGUUGGUAGAGUAAAAAUACUCUUCCAGGGGGCCAUGGUCAGGGUCUAUAUGUGAGUUUUCGGGAGUGUAUAUUAUAUCAGCAUGUUGAACUAUUGCACCGAAAUGAUGAGUUCAUGGCCUUGAAGAACAGCAAUCGGAACAGCUGCAGGAUGAAGCCCCCCUUUGGGGGCACAACAUCAAUACAUAAGGGACGCUUUAGCUCGGCGCUAAGAGCUAUGUGCAGUUCCAAGGUCUUGGAGAAGUGCGUGCAAGUCUAAAUCUUCCUGUCGCACGGAGUGUUUGGGAGAGCCAGCUGCUUGGGGAGCAGCAUGCCAAGGAGGCAUGAGAAGUGUUCAGGCGUGGCAUGACUAAAACGGUUUUGAGACCGAAUGUAGCCUUUCGCUGCCAACUGCCAAGCCGCACUGUUGAGUGGCCGACCAACCAGAAGCUUCAAAGUGGCACUCCUGGAAGUCACAGGAUGCAGUCACUUGGGCUUGUAAAAGGCCACUUAGAGACUCCAAAGAGGUCAGGAACUGAAGGUCCUGGCCCUGAACUUUCAAGUGACCUGCGCCAUUGGACAGAGACUCUCGCGGCCCAAGUUUUGGAGAACGGACGGGCAGAGAAGUCCCCAUGAUGUUCAGGGGAUGGGAGGGGAUGGGUGAGCAUUGGACCAACUAAUUGGUCGUGAAAUGGCCACAAGUCGCCAACCCUCCCGACAUGAACAUGGGAAACAUCGAAGUGCAUUGGAC